GGCUGGGGUGCACCAGGCCUCCGGCUGGAUUAACACCCAAGGAGCUGGGACGAGAUGGACUGGAUGGCAAAGGUGGUGCCAGAAGCAAUGUUUCGUCCUUUGGAUGUGCUAAAUUCACCCCAAAACAGCAUUUUGGAGGGACCAAAGUUGCCCGUGUGAUCGGGUGGUGCUCAGCACCGAAUUCGGGUGAGAGGGGUGGGAGCAUGGGACAGGGAAGCAUUGCCCAGGCUACAGUCAAGUCCCCUGAGUUUGCAGACAACAACCUGACCUAGAAGUCCCCUCCAGCCCCCCACAGCUACACAGCCCCGGGCAGAUCCCAGCCAGAGCACCCCGCAGGUGGGGAGGGUGCACCCACAGCACCAGGCAUCAUCCCACCCUGCCACAGGGAAAGCAGAGGGACACGGCCACCAACGUCCUGCUGCUAUGAAGUAGAUGGUAGAGAUCCCAGGCAGAGGCUGUGCUCCCACUGCAGAGGAAGGCAACCCCCCGACCACAGUCCAUACCAACAUGACCAGGGGGGAAAACCCCCUCCUGACCCCAAAUGCAGGAUCAGUCUGACCCUAAGCAGAGGGGCAAGACCCUCUAACCAGGACCCUGUGGGGUUGAUCCCAGCACAAGCAUUGACACAGCCCAGUCCCCAUCCCCAGCUGGACUGCAGCCAGCACCCAGCGUCUCUGAAGGAGGCUUACAAACCCCCUGACACGUGGAGCAGAAAGGACAGGAGCAACCAGCAAAGGCCUAAAGCCUGGGAAAUCUCCAUAGUAGCACUGCAUCGCAGGCAUCGCUGCACCUAGAUCAUCCCAGACCUGUGGCUCUCCUUGAACCCCUCCAGCAAUGGAGACCUUGCCCCUUCCCUGGGCAUCUAUUCCACGGCCACCUUGCUCUGACAGUGAAGAAAGUUUUCCUGAGAUCCAACUUAAACUUGCUUUGCUGCAACUUCAAGCCACCGUCACAAAGUCUGGGAGCCAGGGGCCGUCCCUGGUUGUGGGGAUGCGCAGCCCCCAUUGCAGCAGGGCCCCGACUUUGCAGGUGACUGCCGGACACCACUGGGACGUGGCUGUCACGUCUGGCGACGGGGUGGGCAGGCAAUCCUGUUAUGGAUUGCAUGGGGCCGCGAGCCAUUGCUGGGUGGGAAACACACCUGGUUGUGCCCCUUCCCAUCUCCCAUGGGAGGCACCAAGAGAAGAGACACGCUCGGUGCCCGGGGUGCAUGCAGUUGAAAGAGGCUUUCCUGACAUCCCCCAUGGAGAGGGCGAUGUGGUGCAACACAUUUGCCAGAGCCCCUGCCAAAGCCAGGGUAUAAAUAGGCUGGAGGGAGGGGAAGUGCUCUGGCUCAGGGUGUCUAAAGCUAUAAAAAGCCAAGCCGGACGCCUCUGCGCUGGCAUGUCAGCUGUGCCCCUGCACCGAGCGCAGCCGCCGGAGCCGACCCACCGCAGAAGCCACGGUCGCUGCCCCGAACCCCAACCCCGGCUGGGGAACAAGAUGCACACGGUGAAGAUGGAUGUCUGCAGGCCGGUCUUUAUCCUGCUGCUGGCUGGGAUCCUGGCAGACCGCCCUCAGGUCCUGGCCUUCCCCCUCCACAGGAGAGACCUCUUCCCCAUCAAGGACGUGAGGCUGGACAUGGCACCCAGCGCCUUCGAUGACCAGUACAAGGGCUGCGUUGCCAUGAUGGAGGCCGAGCUCGGGGCGCUGAACAGCUCGGAGUUCUCCAGCAACCGGGUCUACGCCGAGGCCUGGACGGAGGCUGCCGCUAAGUGGAAGGAGAAGCAGGCGGAGACCCCGGUGCCUCCGGACCUCAAGGCAGAGCAUGCCAUUGCCAUCAUGGCCUACACCAUGCAGGGACCCCUCCACAGGGACUUCAACGCGGCUGUGAGGGAGGCAGGCCGCACGCGGGAAAACUACCUGGGCAGCUUCAACUUCAAAACCUUGCAUUUCCUUCUCACACGGGGUCUGCAAGCACUGGGGGACACGCAGCACCCCCGGUGCCGCAAGGUGUACCGGGGCGUGAAGGGGGUGCGGUUCCUGUCCGAGCGGCGCCAGACCGUGCGGUUCGGCCACUUCACAUCGUCGUCCCUAAGGAACACAAGCGCCCUGCAGUUUGGGCAGGACACCUUCUUCUGCAUCCAGACCUGCCACGGCGCCGGCAUCAGGAACUUCUCCAUAUUCCCCAGCGAGGAUGAGGUGCUCAUCCCGCCCUUCGAGACCUUCACGGUCAAGAACUUCACCCGGGCCGGGCACAGGACCCUGAUCGAGCUGGGCUCCCUCGACAAGUCCAGCUCCUACAACUGCGAGUUCGUCAAAGAGAAAAGAUGCAAGACCCAGAGAUGCACGUUCAGCUCAGCAGCAGGGGCGAGCAGUGCAUCCUGGAGCCUGUUCCUCCUCUGGAGCUUCCUCGUGGCAGCCAGCACCCAGGUCGCUCUGCCGUCUUAACCAGCACCCGCUUGCGAGGACGGCUGACACAACGCUGGCGAUGAGGCUGCGAACGUGCAGGGCAAAACUGCUACCCCCAAAACUGCUAGCACCUGGCAUGGAGGCAGCUCCAGGGCAGUGGGAGACUCCCACAUGGAGCUGGACCCCAGGGCCGGGUGCAACGUACCCCAUGUAGAUUUGUGCAUGGCGCAGGACACCAGCGCUGCUCCAGCUUCAUGCCCACCUGGGGGCCUGGGCUACGCCUCAACUGGAAAGAGCUGAGACCCCCAGCAUUGGCUGAGCAGCGCAACAGGCUGGCAGGAAAGCCAGUUUUCUCCCCCAUUUCUGCGUGGUGCAUUGCAUACAGGCCUCCACUACGAGCUCCCUGGCUGCGAUAUCCCCCUCCCCUCCCACGUCCAGCAUCCAUGAUGGGACGGUUUCCUAGCCAGGCUUUCACACAUGCUGCCUUGGACACACGUCGACUCUGAAAUGAGCUCUCUCAGCUGGUAAAGCCGUGACCAGUGACACAUGGGAGUCUCACUGCACCCCUAGGCAGACCAGAUCUGUGGGUAAAUCCAAUCUCUUUUACUAGACUAACUAAAAAAAAAAAUAACUAAGAGAGAGUGGAUUUACCCAAAGAUCCUGGUCUGCCUAUGCUCUUAGGCCAACGCGGCUACAACCUAUAUGACUAGUCCCUAUGCUCACAUCAGCCUUAGAGGUGCCGGUGAGCCUGGGGUGAGUGGGUGAUGGAGCAGGGGGUGUUCCCAAGCUGGUGCGGUGCAUGGGGUGGUUCGCACAGGGGUGGUCCUGCCCUAAGCAGGGGUUUGGCCCUGCCAGCCCUGUUCGUCCGUGACUCAAAGGCAGCGUGCUUCCCCACCUCUGCGGCCUCAAGGCCCCCAUUCAGGAGCUGCCAGUGCUGAGCUUUCACUCCUUUUUCUGCCUACAAAAGAAUAAUAAAAUAAGACGAGCAA